AUGAAAAAUGUACCUUUAGAAUGUAAUUUGACAAGUCCAUAUCCGAUAGAAUUAAUUAAAGUUUUCAAUGCGAUGCCUACUAUGAAUACACAUACAAAAAUUGCAUUGAAUAUUUCAAAUCGAUUUAUUGAUACACUAUCUUUUCAGUUGAAGUAUCGUGUAUUUUAUAUGCCAAUGGGAAUAUAUCAAUCUAUUUUAAUGAGUAAACUGAAUGCUUAUGAAUCUUCAUAUCAGGUUCCGGAUGCAUUUGAAAAUAAAUUGGAAGAUUUGAUGUUUCGAUAUGCGAUUUUUUUAAUAAAAGACGAUAAAUUAAUAUAUGAUGACACUGGAGAAAAUCGUACUGAACUAAAAAUUCCAUCAAGGGCUGUGAAAUCUAGAACAUUAGUCGAGUACAGACCACUUCCAGCCUGCAAUGAAACAGAUUCUAAUAACAUGAUACAAGAUGUACAUUGUCAACAAUAUGCAAAAGUGCAUAGUUCUUUAGAUUGUUGGCUAAAUAAUAGUAAAUAUUGUGGAGUUACAAAUUGUAACGAAUGGACUAAUGUGUUUACAGAGGAAUUGUUCAUGACUUCGUCGAGUAUUCCUAGCACUAAACCAACAUCCCCUACAGAGAUGAUUAAGGAAGAAUCGACGAACCAUUCCACUAAACCAACUACUAUUUCAACACUCAGCACCAGUGCACAAAAACAGCAGAUGCUACUAGCUAGUCACACAAUGAAUGUGAAUAUGGAGUUUCGUCGUUUUACCAUCGCAUGGUUAAUGCCAUUUUUAUUGAUCGCUGGAGUGUUGUGCAUUGCUUUCAUAGUAUUUUUACAUAACAAACGUAAGCGUAUUUUGUGCGAAAAAAAUAAUCAAUCAAUCUAUGUUUGUGUAAAUUUUAUUGAUUUGAUGAAUUGA